AUGGAAUUUAAGAAGCACUCCUUGGGUGAAUUUGGAAUUCCAAAUUCGGUUCCAAUAGCAUACCUGCGAGGUUCUCAACAACAUGCCAUAGAAGAGUCGCCCGCACCAGAUAACCGGGACAAGCUGGUUGUCGGCAAGGUGGAAGCUGCUGACCGAGAGGAACUGUACGGCGCUUUAGUUCCCAGAAUUGUAUUUUCUAACGUUAUAUUCUGUAUCUACUUAGAUGACAGUAUAGACGUGUAUCUUCUAAUCACGUUAGGUGCAGAAGAGGGUGAGCGUGUUAGCGUAUAA